CCCGAGCUGCUGGAGCUGGAGCAGGGUGCAACAGGUAAACAUGGCGUCCCCAAGGUUUGAAGUCAGUGGAACAUCUGCGGCUGUCAUCUCAGACAACAUGCACGUCACCCGAGCCAAUCACCCUGUAGUUUCCGGAGGCUAUGGACAAGACACAGGAGUCACAGGCUUACAGGUCCCAGCCAGUGUGAUGCAGCCUGUUAGAGGAGCCCCAAGCUCCCCCCGUGUAUCCAUAGGGUUCCAGAAUCCACCCGGAAUGUCACACUUGUCAAAGGCACCUGCUGGGAUUCAGAAUCCUUCGGUGGUGAUCCAGAAUCCCGUUGGAAUGGUGAAUUCCCAGACUCCGCCCACAGGGGCUCUGAAUGUAACAGGAACAACCACCCCACAGGACGCACCCAUGGUGAACCAGAAUCCCACCAUGCUUUCUCCAGGAACCACAUACACUGCAGACCAACCUCCUUGGUCCAUAUCAUUUGGACACGUUACUUCAUUUGACUUGAAGAAAUUCGUGAAUGAAGAGGUCAAGCCAUUAGGGCAAUCCAUCUCUUGUAACAAAUGUUCCAAGGGAAAGAGGAGUGGUGAGCCCCAUGCGUGGAGAAGGGGCUCUCAUUGUGCAGCUUAGAUGGAAGAAGAGACAUCCCUAGCCUAUUCUCUCUCCACCCUUCUCCAAGGGACACUUUCAUUCCUUCCAGGAGGGAAGCAGGAAGUCGAGGCCAGAGAAAGGGGGGCACCAGGCUAGAAGCAGAUCUAUCUUCAAUAUUGUUCAUCUAUGAUCGGUUAUGAUUGGUUUCCAUCUAAGUUUUGAUUGUUUUGUCAUUUGGGGGGA